GUGAUGAUUACAAACAAAAAAAAUGCUUUUCCACUAUUUUCUGGGAAUUAGUUUUAUUGUAAUCAAAAUCAUUAUGAUCAAUGGAAAAUCGACAAACGAUUCAAAUUUUGAAUCUGAUAAAAUAUGUCAACAGUUUAAUCAUUUUGGUCAUGAUGACAAAGAAAAAUUGAACAUAUUGACAGUUGGAUUGACCCGAAAUAAUAUGAUAAUUCUAACUAAAAAUUUCUAUGUAUUUGAAGUUGAUCGUAAUCAGUUGAAAACAUCGAAUUUAUAUUUAAAUACUGAUCCUAUAAAAUUAUCGGAAAAAUAUCCCAAAUUAUCAGAGAAUCAUGGAUUCCGUCAGUUGAAAUUUCGAAUUUUUAAUUCAUUCAUAGUGAUUGACAAUGAUGGUAGCUGGCUAUGUUUUACAACUACAAUGCAUUCACCAUUAAGUGGCAUCAAUUACAACAUAGACAACUCAACAAUCAUAAAUGGGUGGGAAGCCAGUGUUGAUAUUAAAGAGGUUUUAAUAUCCACAACAAAACCAUGUAAAUUCUAUGCAAUAAGACUUUAUGAUGGCGAAUUUCAGAUUAGUACUUAUGAAUGUUCCGCAUCGACCGUAACACAAAGUAAAAAAAUAAAACAAAAAGAUAGAUAUCGAUCCAUCUGUUAUUCAAAUCAAUCAGAUGAUAAAGAAAUUUUUAUAAAUAAUGAUGCAAGUAAAUGCGAAAUUCCAGUUAAAUGGCCUAUACUUAGUGGUUUUGUUGCUGGUGAAAAAUUUUAUCUAUUUGGUAAAGAUUACAUCUAUACAUUUGAUGAAAUUGUUUAUCAAGAAAGUUCACCAGAAAAAUCAUAUCCAGUACGAUUAGAAAAAUAUGAUACAUUUUUUACAUGUCCUGGAAAAAUUAUACCAUUGAUAUUGAAUCGUUAUACAUUGAUUAUGUUUGCUAUCAUUAUCAUUGGAAUAAUUAUAUUAGUCGCAUUACUAGCAAUGAAAACUGUAUCACUUAAUACUCGAGAAAUAUAUAGUCGAACUUUGCGAUCAAUCGAAUCGGGUAGAAGAUAUUUACAUCAAUUAACAAGAAUGAUAAGAAUUAAGAAUAUCGUUGAUGAAAGAAUACAUCGAUCAUCAUCAUCACUAAUUAAUCGUUUACGAAAAAGUCCAAAACGUCAAUCAUCAAAAUCAAAAUCGAAAUCAAAAUCAAAAUCAAAAUCAAAAUCACCAACACCAUCAAAAUCAAAAACAAGAAUUCAUUCACCAAGAAAAUAACAUUCAUCAACUAAUGUGUUGUUACAACUAAUAGAUAAUGAAAAUAUAAACAAAAUAAAAAAAUCAUCAUAAAACGUUUCAAAUCCAUUAAUAU